CUUUCGGUAGCUUCUUUAUAUUUACAUAGUUGCUUUUAGAAGUUCUCGUAACGUUGUUCCAUGUUAGCGACUCCCACGGGCCAACAAUGUGGCUAAAGCUAGCGUUAGCUUUAAGAAACUUGGCGAGCUAACGUGAAGUAACGUUAGCUAAUGAGCUACACAGGCUUAACAUGGCUAACUAGCCAAGUGACGUUUGCUAUUUCUAAGUUGUUUCGCAUGAAAUGGCGUUAAUAUUCUUGAUUGUUAGCAAAUGGCGACCAGCUAACGAAUAUAACGUUAACGUUACAUGAAGCGAGCGAAACUCACGAAAUUAUGAGUUCCUGUUGAAAUGCUCAGGUUGACGUUAGCGAAUGCUAAGCUAGAAACUCAUUGCAUGGCUAACAUGGAAAUUUGUCAAUUGAAUGUUGGUUUAUUUGUUGGAAAAUGUACACACUCUCGUCUCAUAUUUAAUUCGGCAUCAUUUCAGGACGUUAAUAACUCUUGUCCUAAACACUGAUUCACACUAUUCACAGCAAGAACGACUAACGUUACCGUUAGCCAAGCCAUUCUGUGGACGACGACUAGCAGCAGCACUGUAAAUCAAAUUUUACAUGUCAUAAAGUGAAGAUAACGUUAAGUAACUUUACAAGAUCGACUGUUUAACAUAUUCUUAAAAUGUGUACAGAAACUAUAAGAGUGUUGUUAAUUUAGCACGUUUUUCACAGUCUGGCUUAAACUCUGAAUGCUAUGACGUCUUUUGCUGAACUAACUUGUGAUUUCCUGUAGUUUACAAGGCCAAGUUGUUGUUGGACAACAAUUUCGGCCAUGUUAUCAACCAAUUGUCGGGUAGAACGGUAGUUAUGUUGGCCAACAUGCCAAGCUACUGUCCCCGUAGCUUGGCACUAUCGAUCCCCUAGGUCAUGACAUCAAGAACGUGGCUCUGAGAAGAAGUUGGUCAGGACGUGAGCAGCUCGUCAGGACAUGGAAAAACGGUUAGAAGAGAAGCUAAGGAUCAGCCAGAAAGAAAAGGAGUCCAGUAAUAAUUCUCCACGAUCUCCAUUAAAGACAACCAUGGUGAUACAGGACGACUCUUUACCAGCAGCACCCCCGCCUCAGAUACGCAUUUUGAAGCGACCUGCAAGUAACGGUUCAUUGGGAUCACCCUUGAAUCAGAACAGGCCUACACCACAGGUCAAGUCUCUGGCCCAGCGCGAGGCAGAGUACGCAGAGGCCAGGAAGAGAAUACUGGGCAGUGCCUGCCCCGAGGAGAUGCCUCAGGACAAGCCCAACACUGACAGACCAGGGCGCAAUAACUCUACAUUGCCUUCAGAGGACACCCGAUCAAACAAUCACACUGUCGGGCAGCCAGCUGGCCCAGACAGCACCCAAGGGUUCCGACAGCACAGAUAAGUGGGCCCCGGGGCCACCCAGCCAUUAAGGGGAGAGAGAUCAAGGGCCACCUGAGAGCAAAGACAGCACUGUAUUCUUAAAACUUCCUUCAGUAUCAUUAUAACGGAUGGGCUGUGAGUAAAGCCGCACUUCUGCCCAACUCUUCCCACAAGCGGUUAUGCUGAACUGACGGGGAGCAAGGUCAAAUGGAAACGUCCUCUCUUCUCUCCCCACUCCAGUUUGUUAGACACUGUGAUUAUGGACAUCUUCUGGACUCACUGUGAUGAUCCCUUUAAGAGACGCCCCCUUACCUCCAUUUCUGUCCUCCUUCAGUCCCCAGGCGCCCCAUCUCAGGAUGCUUGCAAAGCGAAAGCAAAGACUUUGAGAGAGAGAGGAGGAGGAGGAAUGACGGGCCAUAGCAAAAUGAGAUGAGCUGGUUCAUGGGCAACAGCUUCUCCCCAGCAAUAAUAACAGACAUCACUUCUCACACCAUAUACACAUGUUUUUAAAUUUUUCAGAUGUUGGCUCACUAAAUUUUUAUCUUUUUGUUUUUCAUGCUUGUCUUUAAAUAUCUAUACUAGGGAUGCUCUGAUAUCUGCUGAGUACAGAACCCAUACACACACCAUCGAGAACAUGUUCAUUAAAUCAGUAUUUAAUAUUGAGGGAGGUUUUUUUUUUUGUUUUUUUUUUUUUUUUUUAAAUGAACAUAAUAUUUGCAGUUUUUAUGAAAUGGGAAACACCUUUGUUUGGUGCUAAAAUGCAAAUUUUUGGUUUCUCCGUACAGUUGAAAUAAAGACACCGUGGGCUGCAGCUUGGGGUGUCAGAUCUCACACAGUACACUCACCACUAAUGCUGAGUAUUUGCCUGGUACCGGUCUGCUAACUGAUAUGUUAGCAUUAUCAGUGCACACCUAAUAAGUAAAUUUGUUCUUAAAAACUGAGGGUAAGGGUCAUGUAUGUCAAGUGGUAUAUCUGAUGAGUUCUGUUUACAUUUUUUUUUUUUUUUUUUGGAGCUUUUCAGAGGUCUUCCUUGGACUGUCACGUCAUUAUUUCUAUUGAAAAGUAAAAGCAAAAAAAAGACAAAUGAAAAGGAGAUCGUGGAAGUCAUUUUUAAGUAGCUUUUAUGCCUUUUUGUAUGAGAUGGCAGUGAUGUCAGACCAGUAUUUUAAUCAAAAUGAACCAAAAUCCUAUUUUAAAAUCAGCCUGUAUAUAUCACUUAAUUCAGAUGUCAUUAUUUGAAGGUGGUGCUGGCAGCAACUCAAUGGAGAGUCAGAUAGGGGAAUGAAUUUACUGCUUUCCUUCACAAGCCUCUCCGUCACAUCUCCACCUCGUCAGCGGUGUGCUCGUUCCUUCAUGUCCUUUACUGACGUACAGUACGUAGGAACUCAGGUGCAAGUGAACAAGACUGAAUGAAUGAAAUGAACUAAGAUUGUAUUUUUCAUGUUUGAUUGCUCAAACAGCAAAUGUCCAUAUUAAAGCUUUGUCAGAAACAGUUUGUGGUGAAAUGUAACUGAAACCAUGUCCAAGAUGAAUGAAUGGCUGUAUUUGAAUUUUGUCUGUUUGCAUCUUGGUUAUGUAAGAAACUGUAACAUCACCCCGCAUGAUUGCUCAGUAACUGUUGGUCCACUGCUGAAAUGGAACAUGGGAGACACAGCUGUUAUGUGAACCUGAAAGGCACCGACUACCUAGCUGUCAGGACCAUUGUGCCCAAUAGAUAAUUUUUCCACCUUUUAUUCGUUGAAACGGAGAAAUGUCAGUAAAGCCAUAUUUAAUGGUGCACAUCACCAGUAGAAAAAUACUUAUAAUGGUUUAAUUCAGCUUGUGCCUCCUGUAUCACAUCUUUACUUCCUGGUUCUUUUAUUACUGUAGUUCCAAGAAACUGAUUAUAACAGAGGGAGAUUCACAAUACUGUUAAGAAUAGUGAAGUUCAGGAACUCUAGCAGCAGAGCAGGAGACAGUUGGGUUUAGCUGAGCCCUGAGAGAACACAAACUGCCUGUAAAUACUGAUUUAAUAAAAUGAUUUGCAAAAA